AUGGAGAAGCUUCUUAAUCCAUACCACAAGGAAUACAUGAAGAUGGCCAUGUUAAAACAUGAGGAAACAUUUCAAGAACAGGUUUUCGAGCUUCAUCGUCUUUAUCGAAUCCAGAAGAUACUAAUGAAGGAUAUCGUCAAAACUACGCGAAAAGGGCAGGAUUAUGCGAUUGCUUCGAUUGAUCAGAUUAAUGAAUUUGAAGAUGAGAGUGAACUUGAGCUGACAUUAGGCCUGAAAAGUUAUAAUGGAAGGAGAAAGGCUGGUGAAACACUACCUCCAUCGGAUUCUGGACUGAAAUUUUCUUCUUCGAGUCUUUCUGAUUCUGCAAGAACGAGGGGAAAAGAGAUUGCUGGAGAAAGAUCUCUUUUUCUUAUUAUGGGAUCGUGA